CAGGUCUCGGUGAUCCUGUGCUGUCCGCCUGGACCAUGGAGCCCUGUCUGCGCUGUCUCCUGUUGUUGGGGGCCCUGGCCCUGGCCCUGCCGGACACCUGGGCAGGCUCUCACUCCAUGAGGUAUUUCGACACCGCCGUGUCCGGGCCCGAGCUCGCGGAGCCGCGGUUCAUCGAGGUGGGCUACGUGGACGAUCAGCAGUUCGUGCGCUUCGACAGCGCCCGCGCGAGUCCGAGGAUGGAGCCGCGGGCGGCGUGGAUGGAGCGGGUGGACCGGGAGGAGCCGGGCUACUGGGAGCGGCAGACGCAGGUCUCGAAGGAGAACGCGCAGUUUUACCGAAGGAGCCUGAAGAACCUGCGCGGCUACUUCAACCAGAGCGAGGGCGGGGUCCACACCAUCCAGCGCAUGGUCGGCUGCGAGGUGUCCCCGGAGCUCACCUUCCAGCGCGGGUUUUACCAAUUCGCCUACGACGGGCGCGACUACUUGGCCCUGGACACGGAGACCUCCACGUGGACGGCGGCGGUGCCGCCCGCUGUGAACUCCAAGCGCAAGUGGGAGGCGGACAGGAGCAUCGCGGAGAGAGAGAAAGCCUACCUGGAGGAGACGUGCGUGCUGUGGGUGAAGAAGUACCUGGAGAUGGGGAAGGAGACGCUGCAGCGGGCAGACCCGCCCUCUGCCCGAGUGACCAGCCACACUGCCCCCCACGGGGGGGUGACCCUGCGGUGCCGGGCCCAGGACUUCUACCCCGCGGACAUCUCCCUGACCUGGCUGCGGGAUGGGGAGGAACAGCUCCAGGACACAGAGUUCAUUGAGACCAGGCCGGCGGGAGACGGGACCUUCCAGAAGUGGGCAGGUGUGGAGGUGACCUCAGGCCAGGAAGGGAAGUAUACCUGCCAAGUGCAGCACGAGGGACUGCCUGAGCCCCUCACCCUGAAGUGGGAGCCAGAGUCCUCAUUCCCCUGGUUCAUCGUGGGGGUCAUUGCUGUCCUCCUCCUCCUCCUCCUCAUUGCAGGCAUUGCUGGAGUUGUGAUCUGGCGGAGGAAGAAUUCAGGUGGAAAAGGAGGGAACUAUGUUCCUGCUGCAGGUAAUGACAGUGCACAGGGAUCAGAUGUCUCUCUCCCGAUCAAAGCUUGAGAGAAUUUCCUGGUGUGGGCCUGAGGAGGAAAACCAGUCUGCAGUCCCUGUGUUGUUCCUGUGGACCCCCGGCUUCUCUCCCCAGCAUGGCCCCUGGGAUCCUCCCUGGACUUUACUGGCCCAAGCCUGGAGAAGCAUCAUUAGGGCCCUCACCCUGCUCUCUAAGGCCUCCCUCCCCUGCUUGCUUUCCUUCUGCCUGUCUCACUCUGCAGAGACAACCAGCAGUGAGGGCCAGAGGCCUUUGGCAAUGAGCCCUCCCUCACAUUGGACAUUGCACUGACCUCUGGAAGCUUUGUCUGAUAGCAAAAAACAGCCUAAUGAAUUAUUGUUCUUGAGUCCUCAGCUUUUCUCCCCAGUCUCAGCUAAGCUUCACAUUUGGGUGGGGCAUUUUAGGGGACAGAAUGACUAUGUGGAGAUGUUCUGUCCAUAUGGAGGGGAAAUAAAAGAAAGUUUGAAGCUG